CCUCCACGGCAGCAUAUGGAGACUUGGAAAGUGAGCAACUGUAAGAAUGCCACUUGUAUCGACAACAACGUCACCUACACUAUGAAGACUUGCAGCGAGUCCACAAAGCCCAACUGUGUCUUUGUACGCAGUGUUUCUGACAGCGAUGGUUGCUGCACAUGGCAGUGCCAAUGCAAAUGCCAGGGAUGGGGAGACCCCCAUUACAUCACAUUUGAUGGUGUUCGGUACACCUUCCUGGAGGACUGCACUUACAUCCUGGUGGAGGAGAGGGUUAAGCAACAUAACCUUACAAUCCUUCUCGACAACUAUCAAUUCAACCGUGGAAACCCAGCCUCUUUUGUCAGGGGCCUCGUUGUCAACUACAAUGGGAACGCUGUCAACAUGAGCAUCCCAGCCACUCUGGGGAGAAGGCAGAACAUCAUCACGGUACAAUUUCUUCUGAUUACCAAUUGA